AACUGUGUAUGCCAUACCAUCACUCUCACACGCAGACAUAAAUAUAGAUUCAAUUCAAGAACCGCCUAAACAUGUCUAUCAAAACCGUGUACUAACAACUACUGGAAAAAAAGAUUCAUACAAGGAACAAGUUACUAGAACAUAAAAAUGGUGCUUCCAAUGACUAUGUGUGGCCAAGAAGAACUUGAAUUAUCAAGAGAUGGUAGUCACUAUAGUCUCACAACCGGAAUAUUACCUUCUCUUGGUGCCAGAAGCAACCGGAGAGUUAAACUCAGACCCCUCAUUAUAUCUCCCUAUGAUCGCCGUUACCGGAUAUGGGAAACUUUCCUUGUUACAUUGGUUGUGUAUACUGCAUGGGUAUCUCCAUUUGAAUUUGGAUUCCUUAAGAAACCACAAAAACCCCUUUCUGUUACUGAUAAUAUUGUCAAUGGAUUCUUUGCUAUAGAUAUAGUUCUCACUUUCUUUGUGGCUUAUAUAGACAAAACUACCUAUUUGUUCGUAGAUAACCCGAAACAGAUUGCUUGGAAAUAUGCAAAAACUUGGUUUGUACUUGAUCUUAUUUCCAUCAUUCCUUCUGAGCUUGUUGCACAUAUAUCACCUGCUCCUAUGCAAACCUAUGGCCUAUUCAACAUGCUUAGGCUUUGGCGUCUUCGUAGAGUUAGCGCUAUGUUUUCUCGGCUUGAGAAGGACAGAAACUAUAACUAUUUUUGGGUUCGGUGUGCAAAGCUUAUUUGUGUUACUCUAUUUGCUGUGCACUGUGCUGGAUGCUUUUAUUAUCUUCUUGCCGCGCGUUAUCAUGAUCCAGAAAAGACGUGGAUUGGCGAAUCAAUGAAAGAUUUCCUUCAGCAGUCCUUGUGGACAAGAUAUGUUACGACUAUUUACUGGUCCAUCACUACUUUAACAACAGUUGGUUAUGGAGAUUUGCAUCCGGUGAAUGAAAGAGAGAUGAUCUUUGUCAUAUUUUACAUGCUCUUUAAUCUAGGAUUAACAGCAUAUCUGAUUGGUAACAUGACUAACUUAGUUGUCCAUGGCACAAGUCGAACUAGAAAAUUUAGGGAUACCAUACAAGCUGCAUCAAGUUUUGCUCACAGGAACCAAUUACCUCCUCGUUUACAAGAUCAAAUGCUUGCUCACUUGUGUUUGAAGUUUAGAACAGACUCGGAGGGCUUGCAGCAACAGGAGACACUCGAGUCUCUUCCUAAAGCCAUCAGAUCAAGCAUUUCACAUUAUCUUUUCUAUUCUCUGAUGGAUAAGGUUUACUUAUUCAAGGGGGUUUCAAAUGACUUGCUCUUUCAAUUGGUAUCUGAGAUGAAGCCAGAGUAUUUUCCACCUAAAGAAGAUGUUAUCUUACAAAAUGAAGCUCCAACUGAUUUUUACAUUCUAGUGACUGGUGCUGUGGACUUGGUAGUUCUCAAAGGCGGGGUUGAACAGAUUGUUGGUGAGGCGAAAACAGGAGAACUUUGUGGCGAGAUUGGUGUACUUUGCUAUAAGCCGCAACAUUUUACAGUUAGAACCAAACGAUUAAGUCAACUGUUGAGGCUGAACCGUACCACCUUCUUGAAUAUUGUUCAAGCUAAUGUUGGCGACGGAACCAUAAUCAUGAAUAAUCUUCUUCAGCAUUUGAAAGAGCUGAACGAUCCAAUUAUGGAGGGAGUUUUGGUAGAGACGGAGAACAUGUUAGCUCGCGGUAGGAUGGACUUACCAGUAAGUCUAUGCUUUGCAGCAGAAAGAGGAGAUGAUUUGUUGUUACAACAAUUGUUAAAACGAGGUUUGGAACCAAACGAAUCCGACAAUAAUGGAAGGACAGCUUUGCAUAUAGCAGCAUGUAAAGGAAAAGAAAACUGUGUUUUACUUCUGUUAGAUUAUGGGGCAAAUCCUAACAUUAGAGAUUCGGAUGGAAAUGUAGCACUGUGGGAGGCUAUACUUGGAGGACAUGAAUCAGUAACAAAACUUUUAGCAGAAAAUGGUGCAACCUUGCAAAUUGGGGAUGUUGGUCAAUAUGCAUGCACUGCAGUUGAACAAAACAAUUUCAAUUUAUUGCAAGACAUUAUGCGUUACGGAGGAGACAUCACGCUUCCAAAUAACAAUGUUGGAACCACGGCGUUACACGUGGCAGUCUCCGAAGACAAUGUUGAAAUUGUCAAAUUCCUAUUAGAACAUGGUGCUAACAUUGACAAACAAGAUAAAUAUGGUUGGAGUCCAAGAGAUUUAGCUGAUCAACAAGGACAUACCGAAAUCAAAGCCAUUUUUGAAGCCAAAGGAGAAGCUAAUAGUAAGAUUCAAUCUUUUGUUUCUGUGCCUAUUCCUGAGAGGCAGGAUAGUAAAGUGAGGUACCUUGGUAGAUUUACAAGUGAACCAACAAUGCCUACACCUCAAGAUGGAUCAUUUCAUGGAAAUGAUGGUUCGUGGAUUCAAAAUCGACCAAGGCGUAAGAAUAAUAACUUUCAUAAUUCGCUCUUCGGGAUAAUGUCGGCGGCUACCAAAGGAGAAAAUGACCAAUUUUUUAGUGUUCAAACGAAUAACAAUGCAAGGAAUGGUGUGAAGAGUGUUUUGCGUCCAACUAGAGUAACGAUUAGUUGUCCUGAAAAGUGUGAGGUUGCUGGGAAGCUUGUGUUGCUACCUGAAAGUUUUAAAGAGUUACUUGAAAUUGGAUCUAAGAAAUUUGGUAUAGUUGCUACAAAGGUUGUUAGCAAAGAUGGAGCUGAAAUUGAUGAUAUUGAGGUUAUUAGAGAUGGUGAUCAUCUUGUUUUUGUUGGUACUGGUGGGGUGCUAGAUUCCAAUUGUACAACACCCUCUAAUGGUGUCAAUUCAUAAUGUGUACUUAUGAUAAUUACUACUUCAUAUAUCUAAUGAUAAUCGACAUAUUUGAUCAUUUUACACAAA